UUGAGUAAAUAUGUGAACUGCAUUUGCUUUCAUUUGCUUCCCGAUAGCAUCAUAUAUCAUUCAUGCAUUUACUUUGAUCUUUUUGGAAUGAAUCAUGAGUGUAGUUUCUCGAUAGCAAAUGAUAUACUUAAUUUGUUUGAAGAAAUCUACGCAUAUAUGUUUGUAUCAAGCUAACUUUUCGGCUAAAUAUAUAUAGGACGACUUUUAUGCUAUCGACCCUUCAAAGAUGAUGAACUCGAACAACUGGUUGCCUUCCCAUCAACAUCAGUUUUCUCCGGAGCUCGCUGGUGACAACAUUAAUCAAGAAUGGAUCAAUCUAGUGAACACUCAUGCCGGCGCUAAUGAAGCCCCGAAGGUGGCAGAUUUCCUAGGCAUCUGCAAGCUCGAUCAUUCAUUCAAAGUUGGGCCCUUCAAUGGGGUUCCGAUCCAUGAUGAUUCAGAGUACUUGCACAUAAAAGACGCUGCUCGUUCAAUGAUCAUUGAGAGCCCUAUGAUCAGAGCAGUCGCAGCAGCCUCUGAUCUCUUUGAACCUCAUCUGGACAACACAGACAAUAACGAGUUGCAGGCGUUGACACUUUCUAUGGGCGGUGGUGAAAAGGCCUCAACAAUGUGUGAAGCUAUAAGGGGGGAUAACAGUAACAGUAAUGGCAUUGUUGAAGCUAAUAACCCUAAAAGGAUUUCGGAUACUUUUGGGCAAAGAACAUCAAUAUAUCGGGGUGUAACGAGGCAUAGAUGGACGGGAAGGUAUGAAGCUCAUCUUUGGGACAACAGCUGCAAAAGAGAGGGACAAUCGAGAAAAGGUCGCCAAGUUUACUUGGGUGGGUAUGACAAAGAAGAGAAGGCAGCUAGGGCUUAUGAUCUUGCGGCACUCAAGUACUGGGGAACAUCCGCCACAACUAACUAUCCUAUCACAAAUUAUGAGAAGGAAAUAGGGGAUAUGAAGGAUAUGACAAGGCAGGAAUUUAUUGCAUCCAUUAGAAGGAAGAGUAGUGGUUUCUCUCGGGGUGCCUCAAUGUACCGUGGCGUCACAAGGCAUCAUCAGCAUGGAAGAUGGCAAGCAAGAAUAGGAAGAGUGGCAGGAAACAAAGAUCUCUACUUGGGAACAUUCAGCACUGAGGAGGAGGCAGCGGAAGCCUAUGACAUUGCAGCGAUAAAGUUCAGGGGCCUUGAUGCGGUGACCAACUUCGACAUGAACCGGUACAACGUAAAGAGCAUCCUCGAGAGCGGUGCCCUUCCGGUCAGUGGAGGUGCUGCCAAGAGGUUGAAGGAGGCCCAGGCCCUCGAGUCUGCGAAGAAGCGCGAAGAGAUGCUUGCCCUAAGUUCCUGCACCAGCAUCCAGUUUGAUUUCUCAGGUCCAUCAUCGAACCGGUUCCAACCUUAUGGUUAUGGCUACUGCCAGAUGCAGCAACAAGCUAGUGACAGUAACCAGCCUCCUUUAUCUUUCCUAACCCUUCAACCCAACCAUGAGACGAGCUCUCAAUAUUGCUCCCAGCAGUUAGACUCACCUACUGACGAUACUCGGACCCAGCUACAGCUUAUGUAUGAUCACCAAAAACCGAAUCCAAGGAAUCCUCAGUACUACGGCAAUGGGUUCGUUCAACAUGACCAGGAGACCCCUCAUCCCGGGCUGAUGUCCAUGGGAUCCUUGUUACCGGCUGUGGAGGACAAUGCUAGGUCAAACUGGAUUACUUUCGGGCGGUACUUGUCUAAUGGGGUCGGCAUGGAUUCCCACAAUAAUGCGAGUGCAACUCUUGCAGGAGUGACAUCCCUAGAGGAACAUGCUCUCUUGAAGGUUGAUUAUGAUCACAUGCCUUCAGGGAGCGCCGGUGACAUUCACAGCAUUUGGUCCAUGGACUCGAUUCCAGGAUCGAAAAAUCCAGGUGCAUUCAUGAUGUAGAACGACUGAUCGUGGAUGUUAGACUUACGUGCAUGGUGUUUUCUACAUCAUCUCAUGAUGGGCUUUGUCUUGUGAUUCUUGUGUUUGUUAUUACCAAGGGCAAGUUGAUCGACCGAAGAGAUGCAUCUAUCACUAUAAUUUAGGAAUGGUCCUUUUAUUUUUAUUUUUUGGGCUGAGUUUCUCCUCUUGCAUCGAUAAAUGACCUAUAUUAUUCGUGACAAUGGUCACUCUCUUUUGCAUCGACUGAUCUUUUGUGAAAGUUCAUGUCGACUUUAGGAAUUCUAUGCAAAGCAAAGGCAAAACGAUGCAUUCACAUCAGUUGGAUCGAUUGGAUCUGCUGAUGAGACCAUACAGAGCUUCGUGGACUUGAGUUUUAGGCCCAAACUAUUUCU